GUGUGCAUCGUUAAGAUGAAAUUCGUGGCGAUCGUGGCAGGGGCCGGUGCUCUGGCCUUCAUGGGCGCGCUGGUCCUGAUCGUGGCGAGCGUGUAUUCCCGAUCACAAGCCGCUCCCCAGGCUUUGGCGUCCACCAACCUCAGCGUGACUCCGGUACCGGCCGGCUCUCUCGGAGCGCUUUACGGUGCGGACGCGCAGGAACGAGGCCCUUCGGCGGUGACGAACGAGGGCCGCGGCGACACGCCGUUCCUCGCCAGCCCGCAACGCUUCACCUUCAGUCGGCUCGUUUGCUCUCCAGUCCCGGCCACUGACUGCGCAAUGAAGCGGAGGAGAAGAGAAAAGGAGGCGCAGCAGCAGCAGCAGGCCGAAUACGAGGAUGAAGACUGGAGCUCCCUGAGCGCCACCGCAGAGGAGCUCCGGCGCACCGUAGCGCUCCAGAACGAGUUGAUCGAGGUGGACCGCAAGACCAUCGAUGAGCUGACCGGUAAACUGGCUGAAUGUGAGAGCGCGCUGCUGGAUGAGCGCAGUGUGUCCGAGCGCGGUGCCGAACCCUGGCCCGCCCGCCGCCGCCUCAUGGUCGGGGACGCGCAACUAAACACGGCCCGCGCCGUGGAGGAGCUGGAGAGAGCCAUACUUCAGCUUAAAGACCGCAUCGAGAAGCUGGAGCUGGAGAUGGUACCGAUGUUGCUGAACCACUCAGAGGUGGCGACAGGCACCCCGGGCAUGCGGCUGUCGCUGAGCCAACCCAGCGGGCAGGUAGACGACAUCGGUGGAAGGCUGGAGCAGAAGGUUAAGCAGCUGGAGGAGGAGAGAAAAAACAUGCGCAAGGAGACGCAGAGUCACCACCAGCACAUCGACAAGGGCAUCGAUACCCUGCAGGAGCGCAUUGCAGAUCUGGAACAAAGUUUUACAGGUCAGAGUUUCCCACAGGGCUUUAGACUCUCCUUCCGCACACGGACCAACUUCAUGUAUGGCCUGGUGAGACGGAGCAUUCCGGAGAUGUACGCCUUCACAGCAUGUUUGUGGUUAAAGUCGACCGAGAGCGGCAUCGGAACACCGUUCUCCUACGCUGUGUCCAAGCAGCCCAACGAACUCGUCCUCCUGCAGGGUGUCCACAAUCCAGCCGAACUGCUCAUUAAUGACAAGGUGGCGCAGUUGCCGCUGUCCUUCCCACCUGGUGUUUGGCAGCAUGUUUGCGUGAGCUGGACCCUGCGUGACGGCGUGUGGAAGGUAUAUCAGGGGGGCAAGCUGAAGGGCCGUGGUGAAGGAUUGUCAGCGUGGCAUCCAAUCAAAGCUGGAGGCGUGCUGGUGUUGGGACAAGAACAGGACACAGUGGGCGGGCGCUUCGACGCCUCGCAGGCUCUGGUGGGCGAGGUGUCUCUGUUUAACAUGUGGGAUCGGGUGCUGGCUCCGGCCGAGAUCGGCACCCUGGCAGCCUGCGGCGAGCCUGCGCUGCGAGGGAACGUGGUGUCAUGGACCGAUCGGGACGUUGACGUGUUCGGGGGAGCCACCAAGGAGCCUUUGGACACCUGCUCCAGUGAUGCGGGGCCUCAAAAGUGAGGUGCUGGGGGAGUGUUGUCAGUAAAUAUGGGAGGGGGGUGUCAGGAAUACGAUCUGUUGAAAGGGGUUCUGAGACGAGGCUUAAAGAACGACCACUGUGGGACUGCAGUCACGUGUGUGUGUGUGUGUGUGAGGAGUCUCAGACCGUACACUGCAACUGCUAAGUGCUUUAAAGCCAUCGUGUAUCUCGUCCUAGAUCGUGUCUCGUUAUUUAACUGGUUUAGUUUAGCUGCUACGAUAUCGAUUUUAUUUGUAAUACUUUUUAUACAUGUA